AUGGCUGCUGAUGUGUGGACAUCCCGCGCAUGCACAGAGUAUCAGAAAGUUUCCUGUAACUUGGCUGUUUUCAACUACAAAACCAAUAUCGAUGAUACAAACUGCAUUCACAUGUAUUGCCCAGUGUUGGAAAGCUGCAUAGUGAAACCUACAAGCAGUGUGAUCCUCUACAAUAUUACACCAGGCAUUGAUCCUGACCUCCUUGUUUUUGAGAAGUUUUCAUUCAAGGAUAUAAACACCAGGUCUUCUUUUAGUAAAUGGGAGAGGCAUGGCGGAGGACGGGUUGCUGACCUCGAAACAGACCAGGAUGAACUAUCUUCCCCAAGGUUCCUUUUCCUGGAGGCCUCCUCCCCCACCACAACCCCAAAGCCAGGCAUGGACAGGAGUAGCAGGAGCUCAUCAGUAGAUGUUGCCUUCAAGAACUCCCCCACGACAUCGAUGGCGUCGGCUUCAGUGAUGGGCCAUUUAGCAAAAGCAACUGAGAUUCUUCCAGGGAGGACCACCUCUUCGACCACUUCGGAUAAUGUCAAGGCAUCUCCCGUCUCUGAUCCUGCGUCCAUCCGGACGGCGUCGCUAUCACCCAGUGAGGUCCUUCCCAAUUCCAGCAAACCCUUGAAUGAAACCAAAGUCUACAGCGGAAGGAACAAUAGUUCUCCUGAGGAAGGCCAGCAGCCCACAGAGGAGAUGGCAGGGUGGGGGGCCUGGUUCCCCCUGAUUUUACUUUGUUCUUUGUUGGUUUUCAUGGGCUGCUGUUGCUGCUGUGGUAUCUUUUGGGCAACAGGAUGGAAGAAGAGAGGUCGUUAUAAACCAAGGCAUGAAGGAAGAUCAGCACCCUACCAAUUCAUAAAAUACACUGCCGUUAAAAGUAGUUUUUAAUGGUCAGAUUCCAAAUUCAUCAGGAAUGGAAUGGAAGCAGAGGUGGGUUGCUCCCGGAUUGGCCAAAACAGUGGUAGUGGCGGUGGGAAGCUCUACCC